AUGAGCGACGAGAUCCUCGACGACAUGUCCCUCUCGGACGACGAUCUGCUGGACAGCUUAGCAGACGAUCUGCUGCUGGAGAUGGACGAGCGAGAAGACACGCAGUCUCGAGCUCCAGCAGCCGUCUGUACCUCCACAACGCGUCCUCUGCCGUCGCUCCGCCCCGCGACACCAACAGCGAACGCCGUCGCGCGUCCAGCCGCGAUGCCGGACAUGGGCCACCUGAUGUCUCAGAUGAUGCCCAUGAUGGCCCAAAUGCUCAACGGACGUAGCGGUGCGAGUCCGAUGUUCGGAGGAGGUAGUGGCCACUCGCUGCACCCACACGCGGCCGUCGCGUGGCAGGAGCUCGUGACGCGCCACGUGCCCUCGAACGAGCAGGCGGACUGGCUUACGACCAUUGACAAGGACGCGACCGCACUUCGCGUUGCCAGUGCCUCUGGAUUGCUGACGAAGCCACUGAGUCGGUCGUACCGCACCAAAGCGUCGCCGUUGCCAACUGAUCACAUGGAAGUGAGUGCGAUGCUGGCUGCUAUGCUCACCGAGGCGGUACGCUCGGCGCAGCUCGAGCCCAACUCGACGUGGCAAGCAAUGGCGAAGGACGUGGUCGCGCACUUGUCGAAGACGGGAAUGCUGGACGUCUUUGAGACUGAAUUCAAAGAGAGGCUCCGGCAGCGUGUUGUCAAUGAUCUGGACUUUACGGCGGAGAAGACGAGCGGUCGCUACUGCAACAUCACGGACGCACUGUCAGUGUAG